CUUAGAACGUUGAAAAAGAGAGAUAGAUCGAGUGAAAGGGAGAGGGAGAGAGGGAGAGUAGCGUCUUUUUGUACGAGUGAAAGACAAGAGAAGGGUAAUGUUUCCUUCGUAGACAUUUGUGUGUGUGUGUGUAUGUGUGCGUGCGUGUAUUUUAUUUUUUCUCUUUCUCAAAAGACAAAAACAUAAAGUUACACUUUUUUCCAUUUCGAGUUUUGUCCCUAAGUUCCACCGCAUUUGCGGUCAUGGCGAUGGGAAUGAUAGAUCACCGGUUUGUCGUCUACGUCCUCUUCGUCAUCGGUAGCGGUUGUCUUGCCAACGAUGCUAACAUAGUCAGUAAAUGGGCACAGAAUUUAGGUACAGAAUUAUGGGAAUUGGCAAAUGCCGUAGCACGUCCCGAAGAAUUAUUAACAAUAUACAGAAACAUGAAUACAAUAGUACAGGAUAAAUCUGGUGACGAACUAGUCAAUAUAAUAAGCGAAAACGUUGGACGAAUGUUACGUAGAAAAAUGGAUGCUGUUACUUGCAUUCGUAUUGCGGCCGAAUCGAAUGCCGAAAAUAAUUCUUCUGAAUCGGAAGAAUAUAAUAGUAAUUUUACUUAUUUCUCAGGAAAGUAUAGUCAGGUAAUCGGUGAAGAACAGAUCGAGAUACCUGAAAAUAUGUUGAAGAACAAAAGUAUAUAUAGACAAAUGAAGUUAACACCAGACUCACAUUUUUAUAAUAUUCCUGUAAAUACGAGCCAUUCGUCGGUACAUAUACCGACCAAUGUUUAUGAUUUAACACCGGCUGUAAUGGAGGAUAUAAGGAGAACGGAAAUUUUAGAUGAAACGUUCCGACAGAAUUAUGAGUCAGAUCCUGCUUUAUCUUGGCAAUACUUUGGUUCUGUUACGGGAAUGUUAAGACAUUAUCCAUCGAUGCAAUGGAGAACCGACAAUCCAGAUUCAGAUGACGGUGGUGUAGAUCUUUACGAUUGCAGAGUACGUAGUUGGUUUAUCGAGGCUGCAACUUGUAGCAAAGACGUGGUCAUCCUGAUGGAUACUAGUGGUAGUAUGACUGGUAUGGGAUUGACCAUAGCAAGAGCAACGGUAAUGUCAAUAUUGGAUACACUUUCGAACAAUGAUUUUGUUACUCUUUUAAGUUACAACAAUCAGACCGAAGAUAUGAUACCAUGUUUCAAAGACAUGCUCAUCCAAGCGACACCGGAAAACGUCGAUACGUUUAAGAAUUCAAUGAAGGAUAUAAAGACCGAGGGUAUCGCAAAUCUCACCGAAGCAUUUACCAGAGCUUUCAGUUUGCUCAAAACUUAUAGAGAGACACGUGGUUGCAGUGCCGAUACACCUUGCAAUCAACUGAUUAUGUUAGUUACGGAUGGAGUGCCUGGAAAUCUAUCGGAGGUGUUUCAAACAUGGAACUGGCAAGAUAAUAAUACACACAUACCAGUACGUGUAUUCACUUACCUCUUAGGUAAGGAGGUCACGAAGGUACGCGAAAUCCAAUGGAUGGCCUGCCUUAAUCGUGGUUACUACACCCAUGUGCAUACACAAGAGGAAGUACGCGAACAGGUGCUCAAGUAUAUACCGGUUGUCGCUCGACCUUUAGUUCUUCAAAAAGUGAAGCACCCUGUCGUGUGGACGCACACUUAUGCUGACACAACGAAUCCGGCACUUGCCACGUGGCUAUGGAAAGUGAUGAAGCACGAGAAGCAAAAGUCCCGUCUCGAGAAGUACCUCAAGGGAAAACGUCUGGGCGUGCGAAUAAACGAGGAUGCCAUCUACAUAAAGAAGUUACAUAAAAAUGAGGACGUCAGGAGAGAUCCAGCUACUUUGAACACUACAUUCUGGCAAGAAUAUAGAUUGCUUACGUCCGUCAGUACACCGGUAUUCGAUCGCAAAGGAAAUCGUAACAAUAGAACCAGGAUAGCAAAUUUACUUGGUAUAGCAGGCACUGACGUUCCCAUCGAUGAUAUUCGGAAACUAACUUUACCGUACAAGCUCGGCGUCAAUGGUUAUGCAUUUAUCGUAUCGAACAACGGCUAUGUGAUAUUACAUCCGGAUUUAAGACCCGUUCAUAAAGGAAGACUCAAAUUAAAUUAUAACAGUGUCGAUCUCACUGAAGUGGAAAUUCUUGAUGAUGGUCGUGGGCCAAGGAAUCCUGGACCGGAAAUAUUGGCACUCCGUUCAGCCUUGGUUGAUCACAAACGUGGCAAUAUGAGAGAUGUUCCGGUUAAGCUCCACUACGAUGAUUAUCGUCGCGUGACUUUGGAAAGACGUGACUAUUUCUAUGCACCGUUACCUGGUACACCUUUUGGUCUUGCGGUUGCUCUACCCAAUUAUGGUACUACUUGGAUAAAAGUAGGAGAUGAAAUUCGUAGGAAUCAAGAAAGAAAAGUAAAUAAUGCUGACUUCUUCGUUGGUAAUUCUUGGCGUGUACAUCCUGGCUGGGUCUAUUGUCGCUUUCAUUAUUUAGAAGGACACGAAUUUGACACACCGGAACAGGAAUUACGCCAUUUUUUAGAUCUAUUAGAUAAACCAGAAUGGCGAUGGUCCGACCAAUACGAAGCUUAUCCUAUAUCUAAUAACGUGUCGCUCGAUGAAGACCCAGAAUGUGGAAGACAAACCUUGUUCCAUAAUGAUUAUUAUUGCAACAAGGAACUCAUGCAAUUAUUAGUAUUCGAUGCAAGAGCAACAAACAAUAGCUUUGCCGGUGACUACAUUGUCGAUGAUCCAAUAGUAAGAAAAUUAGCGGAUCAAUAUAAAAUUUUCUUAAGAUUUGUCGCAACUCAGAGUGGCCUUACAAGGUGGCAUCAUUUGGUAACUAAGGAAUUAGCAGAUAAAAACGAUGAUAUUGAAUUUGGUGAUCUCCAUAGAAGAGCUGUUAAUGAACCAUGGUAUAAGGGUGCCAUUUUUCAAAAUAAUUUGGAUCCUGAUAGUAUAUCCAUAUCAGUUCCUUGGGAAGCGGAUGAAGGUGCUAUAGUCACAGCUUCUAUGGGUAUAUUUCCUACAUACGGUGAAAAAAAAGCACCAGCAGCCGUAAUUGGUUUUCAAAUGCCAAUGGCAGGUUUGUAUCGAAAGUUUGUCGAAUUAACGUCAAACAAUACGGAAUCGGAAAUGAACUGCAACCAAACGUGGAUCGAUUGUUACUUGCUGGACCAGAAUGGAUACAUAAUUAUCUCGGAAGCUUACAAUGACACCGGUCAGUUUAUGGGAACUCAAGAAGGAGCCGUAAUGGAUUCUAUGAUUCAACAAGGUAUCUUCAAUGCUGUCGAGAUUUAUGAUUACCAAGCUUGGUGCGAAGAAUUGUGCACCGAAGGAGCAGCAUACAUUCCAACGGAUCCGCUAACUUAUCUGUGGAAACUAUUGCUCUGGUUUCUGUUGAGAGUGACGUGUUUUACGACCCAGUUCGUAAACUUGCCUCUUACCUACGGUAAAGUUCACCUAGACGAAGAUGCACCGGAUCCUCCACCUCCGGCACGCCCUUAUCUCUAUCACUAUCCGUGCGAUCAAAAGAGAACAUUAUACAUGAUGAAUGAAACUGUAGCUGCCAAAGUAGUUAGAAAUAAUCCUGAACAUUGUUCAAAACCAUAUUACGCGCAACGAGUACCUCAUACAAAUUUAUUAUUUCUCGUUAUCGAUAGUAUGUAUUCAACGUGUUACGAAAGACUCGAAAUAACACCCGUUACUAUUUCACCAUUCGAAUAUACUAAUGGUACAGAGGAUAGACCUUGUCAUAAAAUUCCACUGAACGAUCUAAAAAGAAGACGACUCGAGGGAUGCUUUACGGAGCAUCCAUUAGAGCACGAGAUCGAAGCUUGUGGAAGAGGAUCGAAAGAAAAUAUUUCUUUAUUUCUUGUAUUUCUUGUUAUAUUUAAAAUAAUAUAUUUAAGUUAAAA